GAGACUCGACAAAAAUGAAUGUUUAACCCAAUAUCUUUGGAUAAUUAUAUUGAUUUUAAAGCUUCCUGGUAGACUGAAUCAUCAACCAUGAUUAUCAUGAUCGCGAGACGUCUCAUCUUGUUAUUGAAUAAAUGUAAAGUUUGGAUGUAAAAAUAACCAUUGGAUUACAAGGAGCAGAAGGAGAAGAGUUUACUUUGUUCAAGUAUAAAAUCGAUAAGUUCAACUUAAUAUUUAUACACACAUGGAUAUAUAAAUCGUCUAUUGAUGCGCACCUCUUUUUUUUUGAUGGUCAAUAGGUCAAGGUAUAUCCUUGCCUCUCUCAAUAAACUCACUUAUAACUAACUCCAUAGACACACAGAAUGUAUCCAUAGAUACGAAAGCAUCAUCAACCAGGAUGAUUAUCAAAGGAGUAAAAGUGAGUCUACCAGGAGGAAUGGAAAGGGUGUGUGACUCUCUGAUAAACAAGAUUACUUUAUGUGACAUUAGCCGAAAACAUCAUCUUCAUCAUCAUCAUCAUCAUCAUCAUCAUCGUCAUCCUGACGUUUCUGAUAAAAACCAUGUUUAUAGCUAUUGUAACUUGUAGCCUACGAAUUACCAAUAACUUGUAAUAAGACGAUGAGAAAACUUACCUUUCUCUUUUCAUCAUCUUUCUCUCUCUUUGCUUUUCUUUCUUUUCCCUCUUAACCCGAUCCUUUCAGUGCUCUUUCUGCGUUUCUCAUUAUAUCAUGAAACUGGAAAAUAGAGAGAGAGAAAAAAAUGAAAGAGAAAAUGUAAAGAGUUAUCUUCAUUUUCUUUCCUCUCUUUUACCACUUUUCUUCUUCCCUCCUUUAUCUCUCUCACUCCAGCCCUCUGUCUAACUCACUCACUCACUCUUCUGGUUCUGGUGGCGUUAACAAUAGGAUAAUGCGUAGAAUUGUUCAUUUGGUGCGUAGUUUCGUUGGAAUUAAAGUUGAUAUUAGUUAAGAGUGAGAACCGAAUUACGUCCAAUUGCGAAGCUUGUCACCAUCAACAAUAUCACCGCUCAACAUCGCAUUUUUACCUUUUGUUUUCAUUUAUUCACUUCUUUUCCAUUCUUCUCAAUCAACCCCCCGAAUUGCUGAUAAUCUUUCCCAGCAUUUUUAUCAAUUGACAACAAUCACAACAGAUUGUCAAUAAUCAAUAUCAUCGAUAAUUUCACCUUUAAAUGGUUAAAAAUUUUGACCGCAAAAAACACAAACAAACCCAAUCAACCAAAAUCAAUCUUACCUGAACAUUGUCACUACACCAACAUUUAUCAUAAAAUCACCACUCAUCUAAUUUUGGAGAGAGAGAAGAAAGAGAUGAAAAAAUAGAAAGAAAGGAGAAAAGAAAGAGCGAAAUGAGUUGACCUUUAAUAUUUACCUUUCAACCUUAACCUUCAAUUUUCAUCAUGUUAAUUGUUACAACUUGCAACUCUAUGAAAAACUCAACAAGCCAAAAAAACUGAGAAAAAGUUCAAGGAGAGGACCCAGUCAAUACUUCAUCAUAAGCAUAUCAUCUGUAAUUGUUAUUCUUAUUAUUUUGGCUUUAAGUACAUUCAUCUAUUUACAUUUUAAACAAGGAAAUGGUGUUAAAUCGCAAUCUUCGGUCAUCUCAAUCCCACAUGUAGGAUCCAAGACCGAAUUCAAUAUUCCCGUUCAAUGUAAACUUAAAGAUUGGACCUUAACCUGUACAGUAGGCGAAGUAACAAUGUAUAAUCCAUCAAAAUCCAAGUUUGAUUUGGGUGCUAGAAGGAUUUCUUCAAAAGCUAGCUCAAUAUCGCAAACAAGUGUAUUGAGCAAAGAGAUAUUCAUACCGAAAACAAUUUUUAGUACCAAGAUUACUAAAAAUAAAUCGAUGGUUGAUCUAUCCAAGAGUAUUCAGCUGCAAGAAACUCUAAGAUCUAUCGCCAAGUCUGUCGGCAAGUCUGUCGGCAAGUCUGUUGGCAAGUCUGUCGGCAAAGCUAGAUCGAUCAGCCCAAAAACAGUAUCAAGUAAAUCAUUGGCUAAAAGUAAAACACCAAAGAACGAUUUGAAACGUAUUAGCUUCAAAUAAUACAUAAAUUAAGACUUUUCAAUAUUAUGUUUUUUCUCAGCUUUUCUAGACAGACAGUUGUACAUUUAUUUGCUCGGCAUAGUCUUUAUAUUAAAUCGAAGGCUGUUUAUGAUGAGACCAUUAAAACAGCGGGAACUUUGACUCUAAAAACUAAUUUUCAGCUGAACAAUCAUUUAACAACUAAGAAUCGCAAUGCUUUUCAUUGAAAGGUUAAUCUGUUUAUUAUUCUUUUCAUCUCAUCUGGUUUUUAAAUUUAUCAUCCUUGGUUCUAUAAUAAUUGUCAACUGUUUUCUGGAGAGUAUUGAUUAACUUUCUUAAAAAUAGUCUUAUUGAAUGACUAUCUAUGCUAAUUGUUUAGUUGACAAAAAUUAUUUAUGACCUAAAUUUUAUGUUUAUGGAAUUGGAUUACCAGAGAAACAAGUCAAGCUUUAAUUCAGUGCCAAUCCGAUACUUUUUUAUACAUGAUAAUAAUUCAUGAGAUAAUCUAUUUUUUACUGUAUCAUUCCAUACUAGCAAGUAUUGUUGGUACUUUAGAGACACCAGAUGAUUUAUUUAACGAUGUGGCCAACAAGAUAUUACCAGAACAACUACAGUCUAUGAGUAUCAACGAGACUCAUGUAAAAAUCUGGUUCGACCAGAUUGAUGUUGGAGUACCAAUUACAACUGCUGUAGUACGUGAAGUAUCAGCUCCUGGGAUAAGCUACUUUUUUGGACUUUAUUUCAUUAUCGAGAAACCUUUAAAUAGUUCAAGAGCAAUAGACUUUUUACAUCCUCACAUUCGCAUAAUUAACCGUUUUUUAAGUAAAAUUAAAACUCUUUCCUACAUUGCUGGUAUGGCUUAUGUGCCACCUUUACCAUCCAAUUGGUCACAGGUUUCAGAGGAAAAUUUUCGUGCUGGCAUCGGUGCUAAGUUGGACGAUAUCCUGAAGAGUCUCAUUUUUGAUGCCAUAAUCGUGGUUUUUGUUUUCAACAAUAAACGUGAAUCCUUGGUAACUAUUCUAACUGAUAUAUGUUAUGUACCUAUUGUGUAUUGGGAUUAUGACUUGAAGCCAGAUAAUAAUGGAAAAGAUUUGAAUGACAUACUAUUCCAUGAGAUUGUACAGCUUAUUGAGGGCUGUUAUGGGCCUUGUGGUGCUGGUGCAUGCCUUGUACUUGAGGAAAAUCCUGUUAAAAAUCUUUCACAGGAACAAAUUCAAUGUAUAGUUACCAGCUUACAGCUCAACGAACCCGUUUGUAUCAAAAAGCCUCCUGAAGAUGUUUUUGUUCCAGUUUGUGGAAAUGGAAUCAUCGAAAAUACUGAAAGCUGUGACUGUUUACACCCAUUAGAAUGUGGCUCUAAAUGUGACACCAAUUGUAAUUUAAGACAAAAAGCCAGGGGUGGAACCAAUCGUUUCUUCAUCCUAACUGUAUCAGCUGUAAUUAUUGCUUCUAUUGUUUUUGCUUUAAGUUUGAUCCUCUUUUUUUAUUUUAAACGCCGAAAUAAUCUUGAAUCUCGAAAUUCGGGCAUUGGAAUUCCACAUGGAGGAUCCAAGACAGAAUUAAAUAUUCCGAAUCAAGCUAAACUUAAGGAUUGGGGCUUAACCAGUACAUUAGCUGAAACAACGUUACGUGAUCCAUCAAAAUCCAAACUUGAAUUGGGUAUCAAGGAGAUUGUUUCAAGUGAUCGCUCACAAUCGAAAAUAAAUGCUGUAAGCAAAGAGAGUUUUACAGCAAAAAAUAUUAUUUCAGUAGAUCGAUUACAAUCAACAACGGAUGCUAUGAGCUUUGAAAGAUUGGCAUCAAAGAUUGCUUCAAAGGAUCGAUCCCAAUCCAAAAUAAGUGUAACUAGCAAAGAAAGGUUGAAACCAAGAAGCAUUACUUCAAAGGAACGCACAAAAUCGAAAACAAAUGCUUCGAGCAAAGAGAGUUUGAUAUCAAAAAAUAUUUCGAGUACUAAGGUUCCUAAAAGUAAAUUACCAGUUGAUUUAGCUAAGAGUAUUCAACCGAAAAAAACUUCAAGUUCCAAGUCUGUCGGCAAAGCUAGCUUGAUCAGCCCAAAAACAGUAUCAAGUAAAUCAUUGCCUAAAAGUAAAGCACAAAAUAAAACACAAAAGGAUGAUUUGGAACGUAAUAGUUUCAAAUAAAUAAAUGACUUUUCGAUAUUAUGUUUCUGAUUAGCUUUUUCCGACAAUCAGUUGUACAUUUAGUCGGCAUAGUUUUUGUAUUAAAUGGAAGACUGUUUAUGAUGGUAUUCUAGUUCCAUAAUUA